CCACAGGUGGCGCUCGUGGCGGUGCAAAGGUUCGACUGACGUUUAUUGGUGGCCUAGUCAAGUGCAAGGCAUCGCGCAGUUUGCGCGUUGCAUCGACACCCUCCAAAAGAACGGAGUACCGACGACACCAUUUACGUACUCAUCCAGCGACCUGUCUCUGCCAUCAUCUUUCAAACUUGAGUCAAGCUUCAUCCCUCGACUUCUCUUGGACGUACUAAGCUACACAAUUGGUGCGAUAUACCUCGGUUGAAAGAGGUCCAAGAUGUCUGGCAGCGCGGGUUAUGAUCGACACAUUACCAUCUUCUCAGAUCAGGGUCGAUUAUAUCAAGUUGAAUAUGCCUUCAAGGCAAUUACAGCAGCCAAUAUCACAUCGGUGGGAGUACGGGGCAAGAAUUGUGCUGUGGUCUUAUCUCAAAAGAAAGUGCCUGACAAACUUAUCGACCCUUCAUCUGUCUCCCAUGUGUUCAAAAUCUCACCUUCCGUCGGAUGUGUCAUGACUGGCUCAAUAGCAGACGCUCGAGCAUCAGCCGAUCGAGCAAGAGGAGAAGCCGCGGAAUUCAAAUACAAGAACGGAUACGAAAUGCCUUGUGAUGUUCUGGCAAAGCGAUUGGCAAACAUCAACCAAGUGUACACGCAGCGGGCGUACAUGAGGCCCUUGGGCAUUGCAAUAACACUGAUCUCAGUCGACGAUGAGUUCGGCCCCCAACUCUACAAGUGUGACCCAGCCGGCUAUUACGUUGGAUACAAGGCCACGGCAUCUGGACCCAAGCAACAAGAGGCACUCAAUCAUCUGGAAAAGAAGCUGAAGAACAAGGAUUGCGCCCCGGGCAGCUGGGAAGAGGUGGUCGAGCUAGGCAUCAGCACUCUCAGCACUGUCUUGAGUGUUGAUUUCAAGAAGGGCGAAUUGGAGAUUGGGAUUGUCGGUGGGCCCAAGGCUGAUGGAAGUGAAGGCACCGACCGAGAAUUCAAAACGCUUACCGAAGACGAGAUUGAGGAGCGUCUCCAAGCUAUCGCGGAACGGGACUGAAGUCCCCCGUUCAUUGACGAUGAGAUCCAAUAAGUUCGAAUGCCAAAUGGAGCGGAUAUGAUGACAUUGCUCGACAACCACGCUGGACAGGGGUUGGUCUCUGGCUCAGCUUUCGAUACAGAGCCUGGUAUACACGGUGUCUAUGGAGUCUAUUGGCCGACUUAGACUCAGCGCAUCAGUGCAGCUGAUACGGAAUGAUGUCUGUGGAGGUCAUGGUGGACGUCGGAGCCAUUACGAGGCCCUUUUGUGACCAGUAGCACGGGUCCGUGGCUGCGAGGGGAAUCAUGGUUUACAGCCUCAAGUCUUGGUCGAUGUCAUCUAGUUCCUAUCAGUACCCGGCUGCCAGGGCUGGAAUUUUGUGGCCUUUGUGGCUGUCUUUGAGGCUGGACGGAUGAGCGCAAAUGGAAAAACCAUUGAUCCUGAGUCGUGUAAGCAGAUGAGACUCAAGCCACCGAUCUCCAUUCCGAUGCAAGCGACUUCGUCCUUACCCGAGAUGUGUGUGCCCCAUGCAGAAGCGAAGUGGAUGAAAAUA